AAUUGUAAAAUGAAAAAUAAACAUACAUUUACUCUAAAUUUUUAUGCCGUAAAAAUAGAUAUAUUUUUGUAAUUCCUCAGUUUUAACUGACUGUUCUCGAUAGUAGAUUUUUCGUUAGUGAAUAAGGAAUCGUAAUAACGUAACCCGAACGUUUUGCUCGACUGGAAAAUUACCAUUUCCCUGUACAUAACCUCGAUUUCGAAUUUGACAGCAGUGCGUGUGCGCAUUUUAAUAAUCCACGAUCAUUGUCAACGUUGUUAACUAUUUAAUCCAAAGAGUAAUGUUCGGCAAUAAAAAAAAUAGAGUUAUUCCACCGAGACCUCCACAUCCAUUGCCUGAACAGAUAAUCGAAGAUCUCAAAAACGCAAACAAUUCUGAUGUUGCAUUCAACAUUGUCAGAAAUGAUAAAUCGAACGGAGAAGAUUUACAUUUUCCCACAAAUGCUAAUGAUCCUGUCAAUGUGUAUAAAAAAGUUCAGACAUAUUUGGACGUGAAUGAAGUAUUAACGAUACUGGAUGAAAAGCUUCGAGCAAACAUUGAUGCUCUCAAGGCUAUAGAUGAAGAUAUUAUGAAAUUGGCACAAGAAAUAAAAGGCCAAGCUCAAGCAGCUUUGAUAGAGUGACGAUAAAUCAA